CAUCACGUGGUAUGUCACAUGUCCUGUGAAAUCAUCAACGCACGCAAAAAGUGAAGGGAGAAGCUCUUGUAGGACCUACUGUUUGAAGAGAAAACGAGUGUGGAGACCUAGAACAAGCCAUGGUGAAUAUCAAGACCCUCUUAGACAAGGCGGUGAGCUCGGAGCUAAGCGAGCCUGACUGGGAGACGAUACUGGACAUUGUGGAGGAGAUCAAACAGAAAAACGUCUCAGUCAAGAAUGCAGUGAAAGAGUUUAGGAAGAAACUCCUAGAUCCCAACAGCACAGUUGUCUACUAUACCCUCCAGGUGCUGGAUUCUGUAAUGAAGAACUGUGCAACGGACGUGCACAAAGAGAUACUGACCCAAGAGUUCAUGGGGGUCAUGAAGAGUGUCAUUACAUCAUCCAGAGACGGUCGCAGUGACAAGGCAAUAGACAAGGCGCUGGAGCUGAUAGGAGAAUGGAAGGCUGCGUUUGGGAGCAGGGCAGGCUACAAGGCGGUGAACGAGGUGUUUGAAGAACUGGAGAAAGAAGGGUUCUUCAUCCCGGAGCCCCAAGUGGCCUCCGCCUCCUUCAUCAAGCCUCCUCCAGAGUGGAUCAUUGGAGACCGCUGCCACAUGUGCCGGCAGGAGUUCAACCGUCUCAAGGGAUGGUUCCCUCACCACUGCAGGAACUGUGGAAAGAGUGCAUGUACCCAAUGCUCCACCAAAAGAAUUCCACUGCCAGAGUUUGGGAUAAAGCAGCCCACCAGAGUCUGCGACAUCUGCUACAAGGCAGUGGCGCCUGACUCCGCCUCCUCCUCCUCGACCUCUGACCCCAAAACCAAGAGCGAGGGGGCCUCGGGGGCCUCCGGUGGCAACCUUCCUGAGGAAUAUCUGCGUAGUUCCCUGGCCAAGGAGACCCAGGUACCGGCUGCUCCAAGUGACAACAUGAAGAUGAAGGAAGAGGAUGAUCUGCAACUGGCCAUCGCUAUGUCGCUGAACGAGCAAGACAACAAGAAGAAGUCGUCUUCUUCGUCUUCCUCGUCAUCAAAGACCCAGUCCUCGCCAGCCUCGCCCCCCACAUCUACUGCCCCCUCUGCCCCUCCCCCCUCCACCCCCUCCCUCUACUCCUCCAUCGCCCAGGAGGCCGCGGACACAGCUGCAGCUAGCUCCACACUGUACGCUCUGCCAGAAGACCAGCCAGCUGUUGUUCAACAGCAGCCUCCAACGUCAUCCAGCUCCAAUCUGGCCCACUAUCUUGACAGAGGUUACUGGGAGAGAAAGAAAGAGCAGCAAUCAGGAGGGGGUGUGGCUCCGCAACCUCAACCUGGGGUGGUAACAGUGACCCCAGUGUCGGGAGGCCAGCCACAGAGCUCGGGCUCUCCACUGGCUGACACGGUCCAGUCGACGGUGGAGCAGUUUGUGCAGCAGCUGAGGGCAGUGAGUGGCGCAGGGGGCAGCGUGGCAGCAGAUCCAAUCGUCCUGUCUCUCUACCAGACUCUGAACGCUCUUCAUCCUCAGCUACUGAAACAGAUUGAUGCCAUUCAGCAACAGAAAGUUCACCAGGAGAAGGUGCUCCAUAAGAUAAACGAGGCCAAGACAGCACGAGCUGCUCUCAACACCAUGAGGAGGGAGCACCAGGAUAGAAUCCGUCAGCAGGAAGAAGAGCAGACCCUACUGGCCAGAAUGCAGAUGGAGCAGAAACUGGCUCUCCUCAGACAGCAGAAACAAGAGCAGCUGAUGUACCAACAGUCACUCCAACAGAAGAGACUCGACAACAUGCAGGCUAAGCGACAGGAGUAUGAGCGGCAGCUGGCGUUACAGAGGGACCAGGAGAGACAGCAGUUGAUAGCGCAGGAACAGCAAGUCAUCCAGAGACAGCUCCGCGACACCUCACCGGUCCACAUGCAGAUGCAGGUGGGGCCUCAACCAGUGGUAAUACCCCAGUUCCAGCCGGUGGCUCCGCCCCCUGCCUCCAUGGAACCCUCGGGAGCCGUUGGUCUCUCUCUCCAGUCGCUGGCUCUCCAUGAUCCCACUCUCUCUGCCCAGGCCCCGCCCCUUCCAUCCAAAUUGGAUCACAACAUGUCUUCAGACCCAAGACCACUCUCUCUCCCUCCUCCUUACCAUCCCGUACCCCCUACUGGACCAACGUUCCAAACAAUGCCCACCAUCCCUCAGCAUGCUAUGUACUCUGACCCCAGUCAUGCUCCACCCCCCGGUAGUCAUGGCGACAGUUCUUUGUGGGUAAACAACUCCACGUCCAGUCUCCACCCACCGGCACAUCUGUACCCCUCCCCCACCUCCACUCCUCCCCAGCAACGCUCUCCCAUGACUGCACCAGUCCAGCAGUCGAUGGGUGUGGCAGCGGGCGGAGCUUACCCCGCCCACUUUCAACAGGUGCAUGACCCCUCCCACCAACUGACUUCUCUACCUCCUCAACAACAGCUGUACCAGCCACCUGCUGCCAACUUUGCCACUCAGCCCCUGGAUCACGUACCAACACACACCAUGCUGAACCAACAGCAGCCGUUGCGGGGGCAACAACCAAUGAGCAUGCAGCAGCCUCUGCAGAUGCAGGGGAUUGCAAUGGCCCCGCCCCCUCCAAUGCCAGUGGGCGGAGUCCAGAGACAGGAGUCUGGCCCACCACUCAUCUCAUUUGACUGAGAACAAUACUCUGGAAUAAUUGUGUUUAUAUGAACAUGAUUGCUGAUUAUGUGAUAACAGUCAUGUGAUUCAUCAAAGUCACCUGAUCUACCUGGGACCUGCAGUAAAUGGAAGAGGUCUAGAUAUAAAGCAGGUAGUUCACUGUCAGCCUUAUACCAAACAUGCACUUCUAACAGGGCUUUUCAACAGUUCACAUACCUUGUUUGAACCACUUGGGCAGCUUGCUAGGCGAGGCACCACCACCAACCCUGGCCUGACCUGAGGAGCCAGGUACAGGGGAGGGGAGAGAUUGAGGAAGAUGUGAGGGGCCUCCCCUCUCUGGAUGUGGCUGCACAGUCUGGUGCUUCUCUGUAUGGGGUCUGUU